AUGACCACUGCUCACCAUGACCUCGAGGUGGUCACCUUCACCCGACCUCGUUGUCAGGUAAACCCGGAGACUCAUCUUCCGCACACAGUGGAUGUGGAGCUGACACGACUCAACGUCAUUCAUGAUUACAACUGCUUCAUGGAUGGCGUCGAUGUCGCUGAUCAGCUCCGUGGCUAUUACAGUUGCAGUCUCAAAUGUAUGAAAUGGUGGCAUGCUAUUUUUUACUGGAUCGUGGAUACUGCUGCCACCAAUGCCUACCUCUUACACAAAGAAGGCAUGAAGGCACAGGCAGCAUCUCCCAUGACCCAUCUCGAGUUCAUGGCCGACCUUGCAGAAUCGCUUCUCAGCACACCGCAUGGAAAGGAAAGAAGCAGCAGCAGCAGCGGGGCAAAGCGGCGCCGGUCAGCGGACGCCGCCAUGGACAAGCCAGAGAGUCGCCUUAUUGGUUCUCACAUGAUCCGGGCAAUUCAAGGGAGCAGUGCAAAGAACCCCCAGCGUGAUUGCGUGAGGUGCAAAGCCAAUGGCAAGCGCUCACGCACCAAUUACGAGUGUGGCACAUGUAAUGUCGGCCUUCACUCUGAUUGCUUUGAGGAAUGGCACAAGUGA